CUUUGCUACAUCACCCACAUAUGACAACUCACUCCCGCUAUUCUCUCUCUCCCAUUCACCCAACACCACUUCCCUUUCGCCUCCUCCACCAACCUAUUUACUUCAGGACUACUCUUCUGUCCAAGUAUCAGCCCUCUUUUCUGAUACAACUACACAUCGCCAUCCCCUCAUCCAAUUCGCUUAGCGAACCCCCCCACACAGUUCCAACACUACCCCUCCAAGACACCUCACCACCGUCACCAUGUCUUCACGCGGUCGCGGCGGCAAGUUCUCUAAGCCCAAGCGAGGCGGCGGACGACACUUCAACCGCAACCUUCAGCCCGUCGACAAGAACGGCGAGGCCAUCAGCAUGUGGGCGGACCCCGCCGACCGCAAAGAUCCCGAAGACUCCGACGACUCCUCCGAAGAGGAAUCCUCCGAAGAAGAAUCCUCCGAGGACGACGACCAACCCCAGUCUGCCAUGACCCGCGAGGAGCGCCGCGCCGCCGCCAAGGCCCGCAAAGCUGCCGCCGCCGCCCGCUCCUCGGGUCGCCCGGAAGUUGGCGACCUGCCCCCGAACUCCUCUGAGGAUGAGGACGACUCCGACUCCGACAUGCCAGCGAACCCGAACCACACGACGAGCGCGCGCGCGCAGGCGUCCAAGGUGGCGAAGGCGCCGGGCGCUACGCCGGGCGCGGUGAAGAAGGCGGUGCAGGUGGCGAAGGCGGCGAAGGCGGCGAAAAAGGGGGAAGACUCGGAGGAGGAUGAGGGGCCGGAGGAGGCACGGUUGGAGAUGGAGAAGUUGCGGUUGGUGAGGGAGAGGCGGGAGGCGGAGGGGGCGAGGAGAAGGGCGGAGGAGGAGGAGAGGAGGGAGUUGGAGAAGGAGAAGAGGGAGCAGAUGGAGAGGGAGGAGAGGAGGCGGGAGGCGGCGAGGGGACCGAAGGGGAAGAAGGGGAAGAAGUGAGGGUUGAAUCACUCACCGUUGAAAUGCGAAGACCCCUAGCAUUGGCGAGGAUGGAUGUACCAUCGAUUGCAUAUGGACAUUAUGAUGACUGCAUAGAACUACUUAAAAAACGAAGCUUUCGCAAUUGCUUUUCAAAAUUGAUGGAAAACUGGAAUAUCUCGGCUCAUACAAGUUACCACACGUCCCAAUGAUUCCAACCACAUAAUACGCUCUGCAUAUUCGUUUUUUACCUCUCGUCUAA